UCCGAAUGGUACACCCACUGUUCGUCAACAUAAAUAUGACCCAAGAAGAGAAAUUCAUUGUCACGAAGAAAAGCUGUAUCGAUUGGUAAAAAUGAAACCAAUUCAAAUCAACGCACAACUUUUAUAAGAGUUCUAAAGUUCCUAUGGCUCGAAAAAUUCGUUUGCGUUGGUGUACAUAGAAAACGGGAUAGAACAGUGAAUCACACAAGAACCUGCCGUUGACAGUAUCAUCACAAUUGUUCUUGUUUACUUUUCAUUCCAACCUAACUGAUAAGCGAGAACAAAAAAAAAGAAGCUGGCUACGCGUUAAUCUAUACUGCUGCAAUGAGUAGUGUUUACUCAUCCUCCACUAUCUCGACUGGUGAUCAAGAAGAAAGUAGUGUAUCCAGAGACAGAGGUAUUAGCCGAGCGCAAAACGUACAAUUCGAUGAUACGAUGAGACCCAUACGCCCUUACGUUUCGAGCCAGCGAACCAGAAGCAACAGUGACAUGGCGGUGGAAACAAAGGAACCAACUGACGACGAGGGCAUCGUUGAGUCUCCCGUACUGCAGGAUACCCGCAUCAACGAGAUGGAAGAACGUUUGAGGCGGAAGUUGCAGUUUUUCUUCAUGAAUCCAAUCGAAAAAUGGGAAGCGAAGCGACGUUUCCCUUACAAGUUUGUGGUACAAGUUAUCAAAAUAGUGCUCGUAACGCUGCAACUGUGUCUUUUUGCGCAUUCGCGAUACACGCACGUGAACUACACAUGGGACAACACGGUCACCUUUUCACACCUCUUCCUCCGCGGCUGGGAUAUCACGAUGGAGGUCAACAACUAUCCACCCGAGACGGGCCCGCUAUCGGUGUACAUGAUCGAUGAGUUCUUCAAAACGAUUGAUUACGCUGCAGCAGGAUACGCAAACCUUCCUCAGGCGAUCGGGCCCUACUCCUUCCCAACCGAGGACAAUACGAUGGCACCCAUGCGAUUGUGUCUGUACCGAUACAAGGAUGGUACUAUCUUUGGAUUUAACGAAAGCUACGUAUUUAACCCGGAAAUUGACACACUGUGCGUGGAUCUGUAUCAGAACGUGACCACAAACGGGAGCCAGGCGUACCUGCACGAUAAAGAUAUUCAUAUCAACUUCUCGGCGUUAGUAAAGGCGGAAUUGAAAUUUGCCAUCAAAACUGUUAACUUCAAGGCGGCGGGGCCAAUAACAGCUCCCGAUUGCUAUCGUUUCGAUAUAAUGAUUUUCUUCAACAACCAAGACCACGAUGGCCAAAUGGUACUUCGGCUGGAAGCAGAACCUACACGGUUGGUUUGCCACGGCGAUGUAGAGUUUAUCAAAAACUCACAAAUAGACGACGCACUGCGCAGCUUGUUGAACAUUCUAGUGAUCGUGAUAUGUCUGGUUUCGUUUGCUCUCUGUGCACGUGCAAUUUUUCGUGCCCAGAUUUUGCGGCUGACUACUUGUGAUUUUUUCAAGCAAGCCUAUGGCAAGGAUCUUAGCUGCGAAGGCAAAUGGGAGUUCGUCAACAUGUGGUACAUCAUGAUCGUAUUCAACGACAUACUGCUUAUUAUUGGAUCGGCACUUAAGGAGCAGAUUGAAAGGAAGCACUUUAUUGCAGACGACUGGAACGUUUGCUCCCUGCUUUUGGGCGUGGGCAACUCGUUAGUUUGGUUCGGUGUUUUGCGUUACCUUGGAUUCUUCAAAACGUACAAUGUCGUCAUACUAACACUGAAGAAGGCUGCACCUAAAAUUAGCCGAUUUUUGCUCUGUGCUCUUUUAAUCUAUGCUGGCUUCACCUUCUGUGGAUGGCUGGUGCUUGGACCGUACCACAUUAAGUUUCGUUCGCUUUCUACCACCUCCGAGUGUCUGUUCGCUCUUAUCAACGGUGACGAUAUGUUUGCAACCUUCUCGAUCAUGUCGGAAAAAUCAUUGAUGCUGUGGUGGUUUUGCCGAAUCUAUCUGUACUCCUUUACCAGCCUCUAUAUAUAUGUGGUAUUAUCUUUGUUCAUAUCCGUCAUUAUGGACGCGUACGAUACGAUCAAGAAGUAUUACAAGGAUGGUUUCCCACAGUCCGAUCUUCGACUGUUUGUUGGACCGAUCAGUCCUAAUGACUUCUCUAGCGGUGUUUUCCGGGAGCACGAAGAAUUCGAUCUGGAGAACAUGUCGUUUUUCGAUGUGGUAAAACGCAUAUUUUGUUUUUCCACCAGGACCAACGGCCCAACGGGCUACACAUCAUUAUUACCAAAGGCUUCUUCUUCAAGCUAUGUCAACAAUUAGCCACUUUCAAAUCUCUUCAGUAUCGUUGUUCAUUAAUUUGUUAUGAAGUAUGUAAUAAAUUUUAAAAAGCCAUAAAAAAUACA